AUGCAGAUCGAUGAGGAUCCUAGCUGGCAAGACCCAAUUAUUGACUACCUAAUGAAUGAAAACCUGCCCAAGGACAAGUCCGAGGCCAGAAAAAUCAAGCAGAAGGCUGCAAGAUACUACAUGAAAGGCGACAUGCUUAUCGCCAGAUCAUACUACGGGCCUCAUCUCACUUGCAUCAAGUACCCACAAACGCUCGAGGUUCUCUGCAAGAUACACGACGACAAUGUGGAAAUCACGCUGGGGGCAGAUCGCUUGCUCAGAAGGCUCUCAGCAUAG